CUGAAACCGAAAGUUGUAGAUGUCAUUUCUGAAGAAACCAUCACAUCUGCUCCAGCCGCUGCUGACUCUGGUCAAAAGCCUGUAUUAUAAGAAAACAGAGAGGACACUUUUAAUGAGCUGACAUGUCAGCCCAAAAGUUGCUCCUCGAGACUCUGGAAGAUCUGCUUGAAGAUGACUUCAAAAAAUUUAAGUGGUUCCUCUCCAUGGAGAUCCUUGGCCACUGCAAACCAGUUCCCCGGUCCCAACUACAGAAUGCAUCGCGGACCGAUACUGUGGACAAGAUGGUGACAAGGUAUGGGAAGGAGACUGCAGUGAACCUUGCUGUGGAGAUCCUUUGCGAGACGGGGAACAACCAAGCAGCAAAGACGUUACUGAGCGCAUAUAAAGGGGCAGAAAGUGCUACAGCCUCCACAUCCUCUUCUGCUGCUGCACCUCCUGCUGCAGCUCCUGCUGCUGCAGCUCCUGCUGCUGCUCCUGCAGCAAUUUCAGUCUCAAACGGAGCUGUGCUUAUCGCUCCGAAUAUCAGUACUGGCGGUUCAACUGGACAUUGGACCUUAAACAUCAAAUAAAUAAGCUCAGGAAACUGUGUCAGAUUUAGACAUCUGGAGGGUAAAGUGCAUUUAGAUAUACUUGCUCGUGUAUUCAUUAACCCAAAUAUGUAAUCAGCCAAUCACAUAUCCACAAGCAGUGCAUUUGGGCAUUAUAGACAUGGUCAGGAUAUUCUGCUGAAGCUCAAACCGAGCAUGAAGAAAGGUGAUUUAAUUGACUUUAGACGUACCAUGUGAGAGCAUCUCAGAACAAACGCCAAAUCUUGAAACAGGUGGACUGCAGCAGUAGUCCACUCCAGUCAGCUUAGAACUGCAAACUGAGGACACACCAAAGUAGAACUGACUAUUUGAAUGGUAAAUCAGCAUUCCUCCCUGUUCUGAAACUCCAUUUAAGAUUCAGCACAUUGUUGUGACCAUGUCUACAUGCCUAAAGACAUAGAUUACUGCAAUGUGAUUGACUGAUUAGAUAUUAGCGUUAACGAGAAGCUGAACAGGUGUACCUAAUGAAGUGAUCAUUGACUUUACCUGACUGUGUGCCAUAAUUCGUCAUGCACAAUUCGUAUACACCAGGUAACACCGAAAAACCCUCCUUUUAUUAUCCUUGUGAGACUGUACACACAUCUUUAAUAAAUAUUUUUUA